CGGUGCGGCAGCUAGCGAGCCGAGUGCGGCGCUGAAUUCAAUUAUUUAUUCGCCGCGCGAGCCGCGGGCCGGAGGUCGCUCGUGGAGUGUGUGCGGGGCCGGCGUCUCCCCGUCUCGGUGUUGUUAUCGAACCUACAGUCGGUGUUAUAAGUGACUAUUAUGAGCGACAGGGACAGGUCGUCGCCCUCCCUCACGGACACCCCGCUGAAGACGUACAUCGGCCGUCACGACGACGACUACCCCCUCAUAAACGGAAACGAUUUCCUGAGUCACGGGGCUAGUUUCAACAAAAAAUACGGCAAAUCGGUGAACAACAAGGACGCGCUCGAAGAUAAGAAGGAUGACAGCGAGCUGUGGGAGGCGCAGGCCGCCUUCCUCGGGCCUAAUCUCUGGGACAAAACGCUGCCCUACGAUCCAGAUCUCAAGGUACAAGAAUACGUGGACUUAGACGAGUUCCUGUCGGAGAAUGGCAUGCCGGGAGAGGGUCUCGGAGGCGGCCACCUCGGCGGCUCAGCCUUCGGCGCAGGCACGGGCCUUGCACUCGGCCUGCAGGCGCCCGUCACCAAGCGCGAGAGAUCGCCAUCGCCGUCGGACUGCAUGAGCCCUGACACGAUCAACCCGCCGCUGUCGCCCGCCGACUCCACGUUCUCGAUGGCGUCGUCAGGGCGCGACUUUGAUCCUCGGACGCGUGCAUUCUCUGACGAAGAACUGAAGCCGCAGCCCAUGAUCAAGAAAUCCCGGAAACAGGUAAAUGAAUUCGUGCCCGAUGACCUGAAAGACGACAAGUACUGGGCGCGCCGGCGGAAGAACAACAUGGCUGCCAAGCGAUCUCGUGACGCGCGUCGGAUGAAAGAAAACCAAAUCGCGCUCAGAGCCGGCUACCUUGAAAAGGAGAAUAUGGGCUUGCGACAAGAGGUGGAGUUGUUGAAGAAGGAGAACCACAUCUUGCGCGAGAAGUUGUCCAAGUACGCGGACGUAUAAGCGGACUCACCGCUCAGCACAAACAAGCCACACGAUAUGUCGCGGGUAUUGUCGCGCGUUGCGCCGUCUCGGGGCACACCGCUCCACUUUCUAUUUGUAACGCUUUUCAAAUAUUCGGUUAUAUUGUACUUUACUGACUAAUCUAUUGUUAAAUAUUGUAACACGCUCUGUGUGUAUAGUUCGCACCCUUCCUAGUCCUACUUCCUUACAAACCCUACCCUGUCACUCUCACGUAAACGACUCGAUUCGCUAAUGCGUUCCCCGAGUACUUAUAGUAAAUGUUGUAAUCACAAUCGUAGUUUAGUUAAGCUGCAAGCUGCAAGCGGACGCUGCGCGCGAGCCUAAGUGGGGCGGUAUGGCGAAUCGACUAGUUUAACCCCAGCUCUAAGUUAUUUGUUUGUAUAUCAUAGAAUUAAUCAAUACACAGUUACCGUAAGUUAAUCUACUUAGUUUAAUAGGUGAAUCUUUACCAAAGUUCCGCUCGAACUCUGAUCUAUCGUCGUAUCUAAUUCCCCCCUUCGGACUCGGUUCGACACUCUACAGGGUUAGUCAACGACGUACGGACCAAAUUUUAUGAAGAAUCGUUAUUUUUAAAGAAUGUUUGUCGUGUCCCCGUCCCGAGCGUGCGUGGCGCCGCGCCCGCCGCCUGCGGGGUUUGGUCCGGUCAGGUCCGUUCCGGUCCGCUCCGGCCCGGUCCGGCGGGCGCGGGUUGUCGUCUAUGUUAAUGUUGUUGAAUAUUUAUAUGUUAUCGGCACAGGUCGCGCACGGCACGGGUGCUCUCGUGCCGUGCGCUAGUUUGCUCAAGUGGCUCGCGUACGCAUGCGCAAGUGUAGGCUGCGUCUGUAUAUAGGUAGUUUUAAUAGGACCCCGAGUCGCCCGGGCAGCCCCGGGUCACGCCCCGGACACCCGGUCGCUCACGAUCUCUAUCAUUAUCGUCGCCGACACCAGCUCCGACCCCGUCCGUCCCUCUCUCCGGAAUGAGUGCAGCGCGUCCGCCGGUGUCCGAGGCGUAAGUCUCUCGCUCUAGCUCGCUUCGUAGACCGCUCCGUAUGAGAUUAGCCCGCGGGCCGGCCCGGCCCGUCCGGGCCCGCCGUCUCGCGCGUGCCCUCUGUCGUUUCCGUAGUGAGCGAACACUAGUUUCGUUUCAAAUUUACUUAGUGGAUAGUUUAAGUAGUACGUAGAUUCCGUAGCGUAGUCGUUAUUAGUCUAUUUUUGUUAUGGCUGUAGUUGUUAACGUUUUUAAAAGUUUAUAUUAUUUUUUUUUAGUUAUAAAAAACUCGCGUUAUCGCGUCUAUUUGGGUAGGACCCGCGUGUAGAGAUUGAUCGGCGCCCCGUGCCCACAGCACUGCGACACGCGCGCUCGGCCGCCGUCGGCUGCGACCGUCCGCGGUCGGCCGCGCGUGUCGCCAGGCCCCGCGCGGCCGCGUCCCUACGCACUGACUGCAUCACCUGGACGUUUCCUCCGCACUCUAUUUGACUCGUGCUAAUCUUAUAAUAUAUUUUUGUAGGUUUUUGUCGUUGAUAAAUGAGUCAAUUGAAUGUUUAUUGAAUUGAAAUAAAAUUAAUGUUUAUGAACUAAGACUAAGAAGUUGUUGCAUUUGAAAGUAUUUUAUGAAUACAAAGCGAGAACAAUAAAAUGUUUUUUCUAUAAAGGUUUACAUGUGAAGGAUUCUAUAAAGGUGUGACGGUUAAACUUUUAAAAUGCACUGUUUCAUAUCAAAUGAUAUUAUAUGUAAUGAACUUAAUGUUAUUCGGCCGCGCAGUGCGGCAUUUGAUAUUCCAUCUUGUUUGUUAAAAAGUAUACAUUAAAAAUUAAAUUAUGCUAUAUUAUGUAUAUGGUACUUAUACAGUUUACAUAAUAAAUUAUAAUUGUUUCCGCAGACAUUGUAAUAAAUGGGUAUAUAAAUAAAUGUAAUACAUAAUGUAAUGGUAAGGUGUCGUGAUAAGAAGGAGUUGUGUGUAAGCGUCGCGGUCCGCGCCGCGCCGCAUCGCACCGCAUCGCACCGCACCGCGGGCGCUCCGCCUCCUUAUUUAUUUAUUUCCCUCUCUCGUGAGAAUUAAUCGCCUUUUGUGAAUAUGUAUCUGUAUUGCAACAAUGUAAAACCAUAUUGAUGUACGAGUAGUAUUUCGUUUGAUUAUAAUUUAUAUGGUUCUAUGGAUUGAAAUAAACGUUAAAUGUUGUA